AUGGCGGUAGCUCCUCUAGCGUUUUCUUCCCUUUGCUUCCAAAGGGCAAGUAUCUCGUUAGGAAUGCAGUACGUGCUGGUGCUUCUGCUUCUGCUGCAAGAAUGCAGUAGAAGCGCUGCGUACUGCUUGGUUUCUCCUUCACGGGGGUCUGUAUUUCCCACCACACGUGCCCGCUGCCACCCUAAAAAGGGAUUUCUCCGGCCUUUUGUUGCUGCUUUUACUCCAACCUAUGAUGCGACUUGUGGUAAGGCGGCCACAUCGACAGCAGCAGCCGCCGCGGCAGCAGCGCAUGGUACUGUUGGUGACGUGCCUCUCUGGCCUGAAGGACGCCUCCGCGUUAGCCACAUACAUGCAGUAGCAGAGAGGGCGAAGUGCCAGGAGGAGGAGGAGCAGCAGCAGCCACAAGGGCAGCCACAGCGGCGGAAAGUUGAGAAGCUGCUUCUUGCGAGAGUCUGUGUUUGUGGGUGGGUAGCUUCUCUCCGUGAGGGAGCGGGGGGUGAGCUCCUCUUCCUUGAUGUCUCCGACGGAUCCUCUGCGCAACCGCUGCAGUGCGUUGUUGCGGCGGACGCAGCCGCUGAAACUGCUUUUGAAUGUAUGUCAGAAGACGGAAAAGGGUCAGCAUUUGUCAAAGGGCGGAGACUCAGGAGAGGAGACUCCUUGUGUCUUCGGGGAGAUAUUUACCUUGUCAGAGGGAGGAGCCACACGGCCGAGCUGCGAGUCCUUCCCAACGACAGUGCCAAUGUCAAAAGCACAUGUUUCGACACGGCGAUCAGUCCACCUGUGCAGACUUGGGGACUCUAUGCAUGCGAGCGAAGGCGGGGCUGUGGUGGAGCUCCAGUAGAAGCUCCGAAGAGAUCAGCGGAAGCAGUAACAGCAGCCUUCGGUGAUGCAAAAAGAUACCCCCUCCCAGUGCGUGGAGCAUCUUUUGAUUUCCUCCGGAACAAAGGCAUCUGCCUGAGGUCCCGGCACUCCGAGUUUGCCGCCAUCUCUCGCAUUCGAGCCGAGACGGAGAAGUAUCUUCUUUCAUUCCUAGACUCCCUGGGGUUUCUGCAGGUCCGCACUCCCAUACUGACAGGCCUAGACUGCGAAGGCGCAGGGGAGACCUUCAGUGUGUCUGCUCCACGAGACGGCAACAAAAGCAGCGGCGAGGGUAGACUCCUACUAGGAAAGCCUAUGUUCCUCAGCGUAUCGGGCCAACUGCCACUGGAGGCGUUGGCAUGGGGUCUGGGAGACGUCUACGCACUAUCCCCAGCCUUCAGGGCGGAGAACUCUAACACCCAGCGCCAUCUGUGUGAGUUUUGGAUGCUAGAGGCGGAGGCCUCCUUCAUCAGUCGCCAGGAACUGCUGAACCUCGCGGAGAGGCUGGUCCGGCACACCCUUACGCACGUGCUGAAUGCUUGUACCCCUGACCUCAAUAUUCUUGCUGCACACCAAGGCAACACUGGCAAAAAAGUGCAGCAUACCGCUGGCCACUUGGAUGUCAUACGAAGCGUUGCAUCGGAGCCCUUCGAAAUAAUCAGUUACGCUGAGGCCUUGCGGCGGCUUAAAGAGGAAGGGCUGUCGCCUGUGUGGGGCGAUGACUUGGGAGCAGAUGAGGAAAAGUUGCUUCUUCAACACACAGCACGCAGCAGUAAGAGUGGCCAUGGCAGAGGGCUGAUAAUAGUGGACCAUCCUCGCAGCCUCAAGCCAUUCUACAUGCGCGUCAACCAUUACGGAGAAGAAGCUCCUAACGGAGAAAGUGGUGGCAACAGCAACACCGUGGCAUCUAUGGAUGUUCUACUGCCCAACGUCGGGGAGGUUCUAGGUGGAUCCAUGAGAGAAGAGCGAAUUCACGUCCUUGAUGAGUCUAUGCGCCAGAAGGGACUUUCCCCAGAUAGUUACAGCUUCUACCGAGAGCUGCGGCUCUUUGGGUCGUCACCGCGGGGCGGCUUUGGACUCGGGAUAGAGCGCCUUCUUCUCUUUCUCACCGGCCUCUCCAACGUCAGGGAUCUAAUCCCCUUCCCAAGGGCCCCUCGAUACGCCCCCCUCUGA